AUGUCUAACAUAACUAUAUAUAGCCAACGUUGCGCGGUAACAGGACAGUCAUUGAAAUGUGUAUCUAACACAACUAUAUAUACUCAACGUCCGGUGGACUUUGACGCUACUCGAAGUGAAUGCACCUCAGUAGAGCAUAAAACUUUUAAUAACACAGUUGAUGGUUCACGAAAUCCAAAAGCAAUUCGAAUUGGAAAUUUUGAAAUCGAAACAUGGUAUUCUGCACCAUAUCCAGCAGAAUAUGCACAGCUCUCAGUUUUAUAUCUGUGUGAAUAUUGUAUGAAAUACAUGAAAAGUUUGGAAAUGAGGCAGCGACACUCGGAACGAUGUCAACUUCGACAUCCUCCAGGCAAUGAAAUAUAUCGGAAAGAUGGUGUAUCGGUAUUUGAGGUAGAUGGUUACUGUUCCAGAAUUUACUGUCAAAAUAUUUGCCUUCUGGCGAAAUUAUUUCUGGACCACAAAACGUUGUACUAUGAUGUGGAACCAUUCUUAUUUUAUGUGGCUACAAGGAAUGAUAGCAGUGGAUGUCAUUUCGUUGGAUAUUUUUCCAAAGAAAAAUAUAGUGCGCAAAAAUAUAAUCUGUCGUGCAUUAUGACAUUACCUUCUUAUCAGAGACAAGGAUUUGGAAGAUUUUUGAUUGAUUUCAGCUUUUUGUUAACUCGGAAAGAGGGCUUGACAGGGACACCAGAAAGGCCAUUAUCAGAUUUGGGCCGUUUUUCUUAUAAAAGUUACUGGCGAUCAGCUAUUUGUGAAUAUCUUUAUAAGACUAUUUCACCCGAUAAAACAAAACGGCUGACUUUGAGAGGUAUUGCACGCGGGACAGGUAUUUCGGUUUACGAUGUUAUGGAAACCUUACAGUCGUUGAAUAUACUUCAGCGAGUCGAUUCUCAGACGAUAAUUAUAUUAAAUAUGACGAUGUUGAAGAAUCACUGGACUAGAGCUAAGAAUGAUACGAAGCGUAUUUGGUUGGAUGAAACGAAACUAUCAUGGUUGCCAGUUGCAUAUUCUCCUUCAAAAGAGUAUGGUGAACGAACAUCCCAUGCGUUACGCUCCCCUUUUACUAACCCUAUCCGACAAACUGCAGUACGCCGUAAUCGUGGAAACAUAAUGCAGAAUGCAAGUGUUGGUGGUGGUAUGCAAGGAUCGAAAACAAAUGGUUUUUUUCGAGAAAAAAACAUCAAAAAUGGUAAAACAAUUCUCAAAAAGAGGCGGUCGGAUGACAAGACAUCGGAUGAAGACAAAAAGACAGUAAUGAGUUUGAAAACUACAUGCCGAGAUGGGAAGCAAAAUAGACGAAUUUGGCGAAAAACAAGCGGUGAUGAUUCUGAUGAUAACGAUGUGAAAUUGCAAAAGGAAGCAAGGAAGAACAUGCGGCUAGCCGAAAUAAGUCAAAAGAAAGUAUCAAAGAGAAGUACUACCAGUCGACGUUUCCGAAAAAGUGGGACGAAAAAGGCUGUAGCGGUUGAACCGUAUACGUAUCCAUCAUCAUCAAACAGUAAUUCAUCAGAUCUAAGCGAUGAUAGUUCAGAUGUUCGGAAAAAUGAAAAAGCUUACAAGCCUUCCCACAAGAAGCAUGUGUCACGUUCUCAUUUUAGGCGACGAAAACAGAGAAGUAUCGCCAAUGUAGAAUCAGUCGAACUGAAUAACGUCAAUGAUCAAGAUAUUAUGCCAGAUAGUAAGAAAGUACCCAUAAAAACCAUGAAUUCAAAUUGCCAUAAAUUACAUCUUUAUCACAUAUCGUCUAGCGCCGAUUCAAGUGGUUCUGAGGGAUCAUCUGAUGAUUCACUUUUGAUUUUGAAGCGACGCAAAAUAACUAAUAAUACAAAACCACUGUUUUUAAGUUGCGCCAAUUCUCCAGAACCACUGGAAGAUGGGCAUAUAACUCCGAAACUGAGUGUGAGUCAAGAACCGGAAAGCGAAAUUCCCGAUUGCAGUAAGCUGAUUACAACUGAUGUUCAACAGUCAAACAAGAACGAAAAAAGUUUGGAAUUGAGUGUUGAUAAUGAAGAUGAACUACCACCUACACUGGAAGCAGAUGGCGUCGACAAAGAUAAGCUAGUAAAGGAAUGGGACAAUCCGGAUAGAUCAUCAUGCUGUUCCGGAAGCAGUUUUCCAAACGGGAUGCCACUUCUUCGUGUGAAUAUUGCAGGGAAUGAUAGUGCAUAUGAAGGAGAAGAUGAAGACGUUCCGCCGAGAUUGUCGCCGAACUUCGCUCUGGUUGAAAGUAGCGACACGAAUAGUCCAAAAGAACUCGAGCCAAUACCAUCUUUAAGCCAAGCAUUGCCCAAUAAAUCUGUCCCAGAUUUGCUAGCUGUUUCGUCACCAUCAAAACCUCAUGAUACGGUUUCAAAUAAUUCAGCGUCGCGAAUUACAUCUGUUACUAACACCAUUUGCGAAAUGGUUAAUUUGGGUGGCGAUGCUGGAAGUGAAGGCGAAAGUGAGGCAGAACAGAAAGAAUUAAGUGGUAGCCAUUCGAACCAUAGAAAAAACGGAAAAUCGGAGGCUUUGCCGCUUAGACUUGAAACAUCAGCACUGGAUAGGCCUCCGAAAGCUCCGGCAAUGCUUUCAUUGCCAAACGAGGAGCAUGAUAUAAACCAUUCGGACGAGAAAAGCGAAGUCGCAUCGAUCGGGAAAGACAGUUCCGUGGAAACAGUUGAGCAUGCAGUAUUCCAGAGCAGCAGCAAUUGUCGGCAACCAAACUCAAUCCUUAAUCAAUCUCCAAUUUUGCCACCCAGCUCGAUCCAUUCAGAUCUUUCUUCUCAAAGCUUUGUGUCACCUCCCUGUUCUUUGCAAAAGCGCAAUACAUCUGACGGUUCCUGUCGUACUCCUCUUUCACAAAUUGAGGCAAGUCCUGGAGAAGUUUUCAUUGGUUCCACUGAUAGAAAUAGCGCUCGCUCGAAUCCCUCAACUCCACAUCAUCUCUCAACUCAAAGCCAUCCAGGUUCGGAUAUGAUGUUUUGCACUACAACAGCAGGAGACAUGUGUCUGAAUAUGAUGGCUGAAACAUCAGUGAUGGCAAACAACACAAAAAGUAUGGUGAAACCAUCGACACCAAGAGUGUUGCCAUCAUCGACAACUCACCAUCAUUCUCACCGACGUGGUUCCAAAAAAGAUCAAAGUCGUUCAUCGAAAACCGCUUCAAACAGCCAAAGGGCGCAGUUAUUUAAGCCUCCAGCGCCACUUCCGCCAUAUGUAAUUGCAGCACCAAAUGCAGGACAAUCAUUUAUGGGUCCUUCACAAGUCACACAUUCUCAGACAGGAUCUUAUUAUGCGGGCGGUUAUGCGAAUUCACGACAUUCCGCUUACUUCGAUUCACAGUUUCACCCGAAUGCUCUGUCGACAGCGACUGCUUCAGCAACUUAUCCAGCAUCGAGUGUAAGCUAUCCGUCCCAUUUAGGUGGCAUAGGUAAAACAUAUCCUAUGGGAGCUGCUGUUCAGAGUGGCUUUUCGUAUUCUUAUCCUCGUGGUAUGCAUCAGGCCGGUGCUAAUAUGGGAUUAUCAAGUAGUGGAACUAUUGGACCAGUAACUCCACAACAAAUGAUCGGUGUACAAUGUCCAGAGUUACAGAAUACUAGUCAAGCUAAUGCGGCAACUUCAUGGAGAUAUCCUACUCCACCUGCCGCAUUUUCGGGUCAUUUCAUGGAUGCAUUUGGUGGUGGUAUGCCAUCAGCAGCUGGUGGUAGCCAAUUUGCAUUACCAAAUCAACUUUAUUAUCAGCAUGGUUACCACCCGUAUUUGAUGCCAAUGAUGCGGAAUGAUUAA